AUUAUUUUUGAAGAUAGUACAGAUAGUAUAGUCUGGAGUAUGGCUGCUUUGUUCAUUGGUGUAGGAUCUAUUUGGAAACCAGAGAAUAAGAUGCGAGGUUUGGUUGAAGAAAUAUCAGGUUGUUGUUAUUUAGAGUUAGGUGAAGUGGGCAGUUCAUCA